UUUUUUUUUUUUUGGGCACAGAAUGCCCUCAGGAGUAAUAUUUGACACUGUUGUUUAGAGAUGGCAGCUGCAUGUGUCCUAUCAAUAGCUGAUCGUAGAAACAGAUUUCUGUUACUAUAAUGUAGCUUAUACAGAAAAACUUUUACGCUAUGUGCUUACAUCUAUCCUCUUUCAAAAGAUAAAGCAUUUCAGUGCACAUUGAAUCUCUGUUACCCUUUUCAUGUCCCUGACAUUCAUUAUAAAUUGAGAAGCCAGUGUUUUUAAAAGCUAUUUAGAUGUUUUCUGCUGUAACUUUCUCUAAUAGAUAUAUUCCCAUUGAUUGCAGUGAAGCACACAGAGUAGAACAGAACAGAUCAAUUGAAAAGUAAAGUUAAGACAACAAGUACACUUCUUUUCCACUUACCUUAAUAGAAACAGCUAAGGCCAGAUCUAUCCCUGGCAUAAUACCACUGAAAUCAAUAAGAAUUGUACCAGGGAUGAAUUUGGCUCUUAGUGGGUUUUUUUUGACCUUUUCAGAGUGUUGCUCUACAGGAGCGAUCCUAUUAAACAAAACCAGUGAUACCUGAACUUGAAAUAUAGAAAAGGCAAUGCUGGAGUGAAUAUCACGUUUCUUUCAUUAAAGGAUAACGUUGACUUUUAUAGAGUGAGGGCAAGAGAAUUGAUUCCAGAUAAAUGCUAAAUUUAGUUUCAGGCCUCCCCAAAGAGUUACAAUCCAGACUUAGCAUGACACUGGGACAUCACUGUGUUCAUGUGCAGCUGUCCAGCAGGGCUUACAUAGUCUUUCUAUAGAUCUAUAUUUCAUGACAGUUUUGAGCCAGAUGUCAGCUGAGACAGAUGUGCUACUCACUCAUUCAUCAAAAAAUCUAUGUAAGAUGGAUACUAGCAACUCAAAUGUACUUCUUGAACUGCAAUAGAGAGAAUGUGCUCAGUUUGAUGAUACUUAUUAGCAAAAGUUUCUGGAUUUCAUUAUACUACACAAAGGCCCUUUACUCAGUGCAGUUGCCUCUCAGGAAGGAGAGGACAAGAGCUAUGGACUUCCAAUGAUUUUUGCAGCUUCAGCCCAUUAUCUUUUCACCCUCAGAUGCAUCAAUCUAAGACUGAGAGGUUUCAGCACAUCUUUUGAAGACUGACAAGCAGCAGCACAACUGAGCAUUGGCCGAGCUUCUGUCUAAAUGGGUCCAGUCAUGCCUCCCAGUAAGAAGCCAGAGGGCUCAGGAAUUACUGUUUCCAGCGGACUGAGUCAGUGUUACCAAGAUAGCGAUUUAUCAAAGGCACUUCAUGAGGACGAGGACCUAGAUUUCUCUUUGCCUGCCAUCAGAUUAGAUAAAGGGGCCGUGGAGGAUGAAGAACUAACUAACUUGAACUGGUUACAUGAGAGCAAGAAUUUGCUGAAAAGCUUUGGAGACUCAGUUUUAAGAAGUGUUAGCCCAGUUCAGGACAUUGAUGAUGACACGCCUCCUUCUCCUGCUCAGUCGGACAUGCCCUAUGAUGCCAAGCAGAACCCCAAUUGCAAACCUCCUUAUUCCUUUAGCUGCCUCAUAUUUAUGGCCAUUGAGGACUCGCCAACCAAACGCCUGCCUGUAAAGGAUAUAUACAACUGGAUCCUAGAACACUUUCCCUAUUUUGCUAAUGCUCCCACUGGAUGGAAAAAUUCCGUGAGACAUAAUCUGUCGUUGAAUAAGUGUUUUAAGAAGGUGGACAAAGACAGAAGUCAGAGUAUUGGAAAAGGGUCCUUGUGGUGUAUAGACCCAGAAUAUAGACAAAAUCUCAUUCAGGCUUUGAAAAAGACACCCUAUCAUCCAUAUUCACAUGUGUUCAAUACACCUCCCACAUCUCCUCAGGCAUAUCAAAGCACAUCAGGUCCACCCAUUUGGCCAGGAAGCACCUUUUUCAAGAGAAAUGGAGCCCUUCUACAAGAUCCUGACAUUGAUGCUGCCACUGCCAUGAUGCUUUUGAAUACUCCCCCUGAGAUACAAGCAGGUUUUCCCCCUGGAGUGAUACAAAAUGGAGCUCGUGUUCUGAGUAGAGGAAUGUUCCCAGGAGUUAGGCCAUUGCCAAUCAACCCUAUUGGAAGCAUGGCUGCAGCAGUAAGGAAUGGACUAGCAAACUGCCGGAUGAGGACAGAAAGUGAACAGUCGUGUGGCUCUCCAGUCGUUAGUGGGGACCCAAAGGAGGAUCACAACUAUAGCAGUGCCAAAUCUUCCAACCACAGGAGCACUUCACCUGCUAGUGACUCUGUUUCCUCUUCCUCUGCUGAUGACCAUUAUGAAUUUGCUACUAAAGGCAGCCAAGACAGCAGCGAAGGGAGUGAAGUUAGCUUCCAGAGCCACGAGAGCCAUAGUGAAACAGAAGAGGAGGACAAAAAGCAAAACCGAAAGGAGACCAAGGACUCUUUAGCUGACAGUGGGUAUGCAUCCCAGCACAAGAAAAGGCAACAUUUACUGAAGGCGAAAAAAGUACCAAGUGACACACUGCCUCUUAAAAAGAGACGUACGGAAAAGCCCCCAGAGAGUGACGAUGAGGAGAUGAAAGAAGCAGCUGGAUCACUCCUGCAUUUAGCGGGAAUUCGCUCCUGUUUGAAUAACAUCACCAAUCGGACGGCAAAGGGGCAGAAAGAGCAAAAGGAAACCACAAAAAAUUAGAACAAAUCAUUGAUUUGUUUGAACUUACAAAAUUUUGUUUCAGCACGUCAGGUGAAUUCUAAUGAUUUGUGGCAAUAUCAGCAUUUUUUGUUUUGUUUUUGUUUUUUGUUUUUUUCUUUUUUUGGACCCUUAAGAUUUUUAUUUUUAAAGGAGAUUGAAGCCAUAGAACUCAUUCUGACACUCAGCUAAUUUACAAAAGCUUUUCAUUACCUGAAGACACAAAGUAAAAAAGCCAAAAUCACCAUUGCUUUCUCCAGCUUGUCAGAAAUGCAUGGUUGAAUACGCAGUGACAACAUUAUUGUGACGGGAGUACAAUUCGGCCCUUGGAAAUCCCUCUGAUACCUAGAAGAAAUGUGCAUAAUUCAGUAAUCAUUCAGGCCUGGCCCUUAGGUUAAAAAAAAAUGGCCUUACAAUUGGGUUUAUAAGUGAAUGUUAAUAAAGAGAUUUGGAGGAGGCAUGGAGUCCUCAACACCAAACCAAGAACCAGUGGCAGUUGGAUACAGUUGUGCCAUAGAAGUCUUUGGACAGCCACUGGAGGCAAUUGCGCAUACAGUAAUGCAUUAUUAGUGCUCCCUGUACUAUAUGUGGCUCAUAAUGUGAAGACUGAUAACUUUAAGUUGUGGAAAAUUUGAACUAUGUAUGCAACGGGUUUCAGUGAAAUAAUGAGAAGAAAUGGUUGGGGGGGGAGAGGGAAUUGUUAAUGGUAUUGUUAAUCAUUGAAUUCUGUCUUCUAUAUUAAAUUAAAAGAAUGUUCAAAAAGCCAUAAGCCUGAAGAUUGGCACUGCGUGCAAAAAAUAAUAAUAAUUAUAAUAAUAAUAUGGAAAACAAGCUAUGUCUUCUAAACUGCCUGAGUGAAAAGCAAUCAAGUCUAAGAAAUUACAGUAGAUAUUACGGAAAUAAGUAAAUCAGAAUAUUUUUCUGUGGAUCAAAAAUAUUUGGUCUAACUGGGGAAAAAAUGCUACAAAACCUGCCAUUAGUAUUAUGCUGUAUUUAAAACAAAAAACCAGAAACAAAAAAAGCAUAUUAAUGGACAAGAAAAUAGCGUACAACAAAGAGCUCCUAUACUGCCCUCAAAAUUGAGUAUGCAGUUAAUGUCAGUCAGGAUUCAUCUGUGCAAAAACAUCAGAUUUCCAGAUCCAACCAGCGUAGCCAGCAGAAAAUUCUGAUCCACAUUGCAUGGAUUUGGGGGAGGGGAAAUUAAAAACAACAACAACUUUUUUUUUUAUUCAAAGAUAACAAAGUUCUUGUAAGGUAAAUAAUGUAUUUAGCAUGAAGCAUGAAUUAUUUUCAUAUAAAUAUAGAAAAUAGAGAAAAAGGCUAUGCCUCUAAUUUUUAAGCCCUUAGGCUUAGAGUCUGUUUUAUUUUUGUUUUGUUUUUUUGUUUGUUUUUUGUUUUGUUUUUUUGAAGCAGGUGUUUAAGGUUUAACCUUCUUCAGGGACAAACACUGACUGUUGGGGAACUUACUCUGCAAUAUUAAAAAUAUCUUCACACUCUGGUAGGGCUUGGAUGGUUGAAUUAUACUGCCUUGUCUGCACAUUCAGCCCCCUCUCCCUACUUCUGUUUAAAAAAAAAAAAAAAAGUAUGUCCUUUCUCUGCCUGUACAUGUGUAACAUGAUGCAAUAAUUUGAGGGCAAAUUUAGUAGUGAGUGUGUAUGAUAGAAUCAAGAGAAUAAUGGGAGCUUAAUUGAGGAAAAUAAUUCGGAUUUGGUUCAGGGAUAGGUAUGUCAGUGAAUAGCUUUGCUAAUUUGCCAUGAAAAGAAAUGAAGUUAGUAAAGAGCCUUAUUGAUGGUGAUCAGAGAUAUAGCACAGGGUUAGAGGAAGCGAUUCAGGUAUAGUUGUGCUACUCUCCUGAAAAUGUUGAUAAUUAGAUUGGAAUUCCCUGGAAGUGGGGGGAAGCUGUGAAGAAAAUACAAUCUCUCCCACCCCAAUUUGUGAAUUUGGCAUUGAAAUCAUCUACACUAAGAAAAUCUGAGAGGCAAAAGGAACAUUACAGGGACUGAAAAUCCCCAUCAUUUCAUAAAGUAAAAUUAUCUGUCUUCUUUAAAAAUUUGAGGCCACCAUAUUUAUCCUUGGUGUAGCUGUUUUAAUCCACAGAAUUACAUGAGGAGGGAGGAUAGCCCAUGAACAGGAAGCUAUAGAGGGAUAUGAUCGCCUACCCAGUGGAGUAAAAUAAAAAUUGCACCAUGAGGCAUUUGGGUUUUUCAUUUGGUUUAGGAAGUGAAAGGAUUGUGCAGUGGAUUACUAUGGUCUGUCAAUAUUGCUAUGCUCAAUGGGUGUUCUGUUGUAUAGAAAACAUACUACAGCACAAGGGUGCAGCACCAAAAUUUAUUUCUUUUCUUCUGAUUUGCCUAAGUGUGUAUCAGGACUCAAGACCCUGAUUAUAUUGUGAAUUGAAUAAUAGUCCAUGGGCUGGAUGAGUCUGGGAGAACUUCAAGCAGCGUAGAUUGAGAUGGUGGGAGACAAAGAUGGUUUAACCCUUGCACUCAAGGUGAUCUGAGUCCACUGGGUGCAGGGUUGGUCCCCAGGUGUAAGUUAGAACCCUACCAACUGCUGCUGUCACGUACACUGGUUACCAGCAGCCCUGAGAAGCAAAAACCCAUAGCUUAGGGGUCAGUGCAGCAUAGAGGUGCAUAUUGCUUCCUCUGGGUAGAGUCCUUUCAUGACUGCAUUGGGGUCCUUCUCCUGUUGGCGGAUAUGCCAGCUCUGCAGCCAGAAUCCGCUGAUAGUGCCACACGACAACUGCACCAGAAAAUCUGGCCUCUUGUGUUUCAUGGUCUUCUGGGAAGAGUAACUGCAAAUGAAAAUGCAUUAACUUGCCCCAAAAGCCACUGUAAUACACGCUUGUGCAUAUGUUGUUCCAUCCCACCAGUCUGAUUAAUAUUAAAUACAAUUAAGAGUAAAAUUUAGUGGCAUCAAGUAAAUUUGAAGCAAUGGCUUACUCCCCACCUUCACCAGAGAAAAUUACAUGGUGACAUACUAGUGGGCAAAAACUGCUCUCAGUCAGAAAACUAAUUCCAGAGUAACUUUACUGACUAGAAUAGUUACUCCAGACUUAUACCAGUGUAACCUGAGAUAAGUAUCUGUUCCAUAAGUACUAUUUUCUAAUUUGGCUACUUGAUUAAAUAUGUAUUUAUCACUAGUGUUAUCCACCCAAGAAAACAGUCUUGUACAUAAAUACCUAAUUAGGCAGGUUGUCUUAAAAUACAUUAUUUCUGUAAGACUUCAAUAACUCCUUUAUGGACUUGCUGGUAUAUUUAAAUAUCGGCAGGUGCAAUUUGUAGCUUCUAGGCUGGCCUACUGGGAAGAUGUCAAUAGGCUGUGUUUUAUAAAAUACUUUCAGGACCCAUUAAAAGAGAGGAACCAGAAGUUUGGUUAUGUACUAAUGCCCCCUGUAGACUAUUCAAGAAGGGCAUAAAGUAUAUGUGAUUAAAACAAUCUAUUGUUGUAAGUUUAAAAAAUAUUUUGUCCAGAAUUCCUAUACUUAUAACUGGUGACAUUCAGUACAUAACUAAAGAUUGGUAUGUUUUUUUUAAAAAAAAAAAAUACUUGCAAGCCACCUUUUAAAACAUGCAAUUUGUGCCUGAUUGAGCACAGUAACUUCUUCGGAAUUGGACUUGGUUCCAUCAGUUAAAUAUUCAUUUAUCUACAUAGGUGUGUUCUUUGUACAUUGGAUUGGAAGGACUGUUUAAGGUCUGUCCAGUCUAUUAGGUAACCAAACAUUAUAGAGCCAAUACAAUGCAUGUUCAUAAAUACUCUCAAGAAUUAACUAAAUAAAUAAAUAUAAAUACAUUGCCAACGCCUCAAUGCAAUUGUCACUAUUCUUAAAAUCCUGCCAAAACUAACUGGUAAUUGGAUCAUAUUAUGGACUUCAGCAUUUGCCAGACUGUUUUUCUGACAAAGCCAUUUUUGAGGAAGAACUCCUAAAAUCUCUAAACAUCUAUUUUUCCCCACUCUAGUAUUUUAAAAAAUCUUUCAAAAUUAAUAUUCCUCAAAGCUGGUAUGAAAAAGAUAUUAGGGCAGCAGACUAUCAAUGGCAAGUUACAGACCUGAGAAGAUUUUUUUAAGGGUGGUUUAUAAUUAACAAACAAAUCCUUACAUUUUACAAUGUUCAUUUUGGAGGGAGAAACAUUUGUAAGCCAGAGCUAAUGCCACAAAUAGAUUCUGUUAAAGUCUGCAGGUGUAAAGGAAUCAACCAUUCAUUGCUUGUGUGCUGCAAAAUAUUUGAUGUUCUUUUGUAAAAUCAUUUUGAUGAAGUUUUGCCUUUUAAAAAUGCUAAGCACAGGUCUUGAGCAGCUUUGCUAUUUCAUCAAAUGUAUCUUCCUAAAAAUGAAGCUUGAUUGUGAUCUCACAAGUGUUGAAACCAGGAGUAACUCCAGGGGCAUCACUGGAGUUAAAACCAGGAUUGGUGAGAUGAUACACACACCCCUUUAGCUCUAGAAAAUCAGCCUGUGAGCCCAAUUCUCCUCAUCCAUGGGUUACAUACUAGUGUGUAAUUCGACUGAUGUCCUUGGAGUUACUCCUGAUUUAUACUAGUGGGAGAAGAAAAUCCCUAAACACACACACUGGUCUUCUACAUUUGACUGAAUUACUGCCUCGCUUUGAAAACUAUGGACCAAAUUCCCUACUUAUUUGGACUCAAGAGAGCUAUAAUGUAGUUAUCUCAAUUUGCAUAAGCAGAUAAUUUGGUCCUAAAUCAUCUAACAAAUGGUGCCAUGGGUGAAAUUUCUAAAAACACCUAAGCCAAGAGUGACCUCUUGAGUUUGAGAGAGAGGCUCCUAAGUCACUAAGGGCCAAAUUUGUAAAGGUAUUUAGGUGCCUAAAGGUGCAUAUUAACACCUGCCUAGUGGGAUUUUCAAAUAUGCCUGGAUGUUUUACUGCCUUUGAAAUCAAUGGGAGUUAGUUGCUUAGGGCUUUUGAAAAUUCCACUAGGCAGGUACCUGGUAUCUUCAUCUUUAGGCACCUGCACACGUUUAUAAAUCUGGCCCUCUGUGGUUUUGAAAAAUGUAACCCCAUGAACUCUAGGUUCAUAAUAAAAGUGUGGAAAACACAUUCACAAUUUCAGAUACAAAUGCAAUUCACCUCAUUAAGCAAGUAAAUCAGCUGGGUCACAGCUGCCCAGAAUAUUUUUAUUUUAUUUUAUUUAGAAAAGGUUGUUUUUAAAAAAUAUCUAUCUAUCUUCUUGACUUUGCCAGCAAAAGAGCAUUUGAACCAUACAUCCUCUUGAUUGUAACAGAGUAUCAGUGUUGACAGUCUGACCAGUUAAGUCUUUAGUGUUGUUUUUCACAGCCCUCCAGUAAUAUAUCAAACACUGUUAUGCACAUAAUGCAGCACUGUGAUCUAAUUUAAAUAAUACUUUUUUAUUAUUUAUACUACUCUAUGUAAUAUACAUCAACACUUUGCUAUAUAACCUAAGUGAUAACCCUCUUCUUAGUUAUCUGCCAAACUUUGAACUUCUGUUUGGUUUAUAUUGCAGUUAACGCAGUUACAAAGUUGUAAUUAUGUCUUUUUCCUUUGAAUCAGAAUGUGUAAAUCAAACUGUAUACAUCUUGUGUGUUUCUAUUUUGAGAUGGAGUCUGAGGAUUUACACAUAACAUUUAGUGUUCUGUAUAAAUCUGCAUACCGUUGUGAAAUCAUCUGUUAAUCCCUUUUUCUUUCGGAAGUAUUAAUUGACAGUGGUUUAUUAGGGUUUUUUGUUUUUACUUUAUUUCUAAUACUGGUUAUUCUUGAAUUAAGCACAGACUUGUCAGCUGGGUUGCUUUAUCAUUGAUAGUGUAUAUGACCUUAUAAUUCUUCCACAGUUCAGCAAACAAGUACUAGCUUCACUGACCAAAAAAAAAAAAGAAAAAAAAUUCUCAACCUGAUGUGUCUAUGGUGCUGUAUUUUGCUGGUGUACAUUUAAAAUCAGAAAUGAGUUAACAAAGGUCACUUCUGAGUUGUUGUGCUAAACGAGUAGCCUUUCCUCUUUUCUGUUAGCAUUGAAACAAAGAGUAUUUAUCUGAAAAUAUAUAAUUGUUUUUUUCUACUGUAUCACAUUUGCAAUGAGUAUAGCAUGGGAUUUCUAUUCCUUUUGUAAAAAGGGUGAAAUUCGCCCAGGGCCUGAUCCAAAGCCAAUUUGAAAUUAAUGGGAGUGUUUUUUCAGUUAUCUUCAGUGGGCUUUGGAACAGACCACCAGCAUUGAAGACCCACCACUUAAGCCCAAGAUUAAGGAUUUAAGUGAUGCAAAAGGCCUUGAGCUGGCAUUCAACACUAGGGUGGAUUUCACCUAAAGUUGAUAUUCCAUAUUGGAUAUUCAGAUGCUAAUAUGGAUAAUAUAUCAUAGCUAGAAAUUAGACUCCAUCCUUCCAUUACUGUGGCCUGAAAUCCCAAUACCGAUUUUUUUCUAGUUCAGAUAAGCCUGAAAUUUAGUGCAUUUUUAAGUUAAUUGAACAAUGUACAUUUCCUGAGUAUGUGUGUGGGACAACAAUUAAAAGUAAUACCUGCAUUUGAUAACCAAUUCCAUGCCUGCAUCAUUCACACUCACUACUUAAAACUGCCAUUGUGUAAAAUGUUGGGGGAAUGACUUGUGUGUGUAUGAAAAAGCAUUAUAAACUUGUACAUUUUUUUAUACUCUGAUUCUGUAAUAUUUCUGAAAUAUUUUGUUUUACAGAAAAAAGUGAUAAAGCAAUCAAAAGACCAAGAGGUUUAAUAUCAAUGCUUAAGGGUCACAUGACCUUAACUGGCCAAUAAGUUAAUUUAGUACAGUAAUAAGAAGCCAAUUUUUUUUUUUCUGUACUUGGCGUAUGAAACUGCCAAUUUCAUGAAUAUUGAAAUAAGAACUGUGAUGGGGGAAUAAACAGUGAUGUUAAGUUGUAUUUGUGUUUACCUAAAUGAGCAGUCCGAAGGCAAGUGCAAUCAGCCGAUCUUUAGGAAAUAUGAAAGUGUUGAUUUAGAAGCAUACUUGCAUUUUACAUUUUCUUGAUGUGUAAUCAUAUUGCCAAAGACAAACUAUUUCAUCAAUUAUUAUUGUAAAUAACACUUUCCCAAAACCUACCAUAAAGUUUCUGUGAUGUAUUGUCUUCCAGUUGCAAUAAAAAUUACUGAGUUGCA